AUGGCCAAAGCUAAGCCAGAAUUGCAUAUAGCGUCCAAAGGAUGUGAAUUUCCAACGAGAUGGACUGGCAUUUGGUUUCAAAAAGGAGUCCAUCCGCCUAUAAAAAUACAGAAAGAUAUCUUUUCAUUUAGAGGAAAGUGCUUAGCAGCUGAUGGUCACAUGUUUUACAUUGAAGACACGAAAGAAAAGUGCUUUAGAUGUGUUGUGAUAUACGAAAAACAUCCAAAUGUGUUACAAUAUCGAGAAACUUUUUGUGAUGGAUACAGAUCGUUGAGCCAAGCUUGUUCUAUAAUAAAUGCAGAUGCUCCACUAUAUUCUUUAUUUAGAGUGGAUGCCGAGCCCGUACCUUGUGAGCUGCGAGGGCCGUUUACUUUCACCUACAACAGGGGCCACGGAGAGUGCCAAUAUCCGUUGUCCACUAUUGAUUCCUGCACGGAUGACUCUCACCUGCUCUUCAGGUUCCAAGCGUGCGCAGAUGUUUUGGGAACGGAAAGCAGCGUUGAGGAGCUAACAUGUACUGCUGUUUGGAAAGAAGGACCAGCACAUUACUUGGUAGGAAAGAUUUCUACUAGAAAAAGUUAUAAGCAGUCAUUUACAGAUGAAAAUGCUUACAGAUGUUUUGUAUUUGAUUACCUCACAGACAAAGUCGUCAUACAAAUGUCACAGUCGGCAGAUGCUACUUGUGAUGGGCUUGUUUCUCCAUGGGAAGGAUCACGAACAAUGAGACUCACAAAAAGUAAACAUCCGACAAGUGGGUGUCAAUUUCCAUCGUGGGUGACGUCCAAUCACAAGUGGCAUACAUUGGAUGGUAAAACAACUUACACAUUUCUACACAAGAACAACACAUUCAAAGUCUCAAAUACCUACCAAGAUCAAGGGGACACCAAAUUUAUAUGCAUUGAACACAUUUCAAAUGCAGCAAACUCCACAACACUUGUCACCUACAGUUCUUCUGGAUGCAAAAAUGGAUACGUGUGCAUGACAUUUUUCCGAAGACACAAGCAUAUAAUCGAAAUCCAGCAUGGAGAGCCAGCAAGGAGUCCACAAGAAGCAUGCUACUCUAUUUUUGCUGAAAUUGGCAGCCCGGAGUUUGUGACAUUAGUCGCGAGAUCAGUUAGUACUUCUAGUUGUCCUCAACUUGUAGAAACCAAUGAAAUUAGAGUUCAGGUGGUGAAAGGUGUCUCUUCAUCUUUACGACCAGAGCUGUGCAGGGACCAUACAAUCAAGGUUUCCGGUUGCCGUUCGCAUGACACUCUAGAAUUCCUUAUCAGCUGUGCUUCUUUUACAGAUGUUAAAAGUUUUCACUGUCAUGGGUCUUGGGAAGAAGAUGGACGGUCUUUUCUUGUAACAGGAUUGCGAAAUACUGCAGACAAAUAUUGUUUUGUUUACUGGAGUAAAGACAAAACAACGCACUUAGCAGGUGUCCAUGAUACAUGCAGAAGAAAUUCAGAAAAAAUCUUAACAGAAAAUGUAACAUUUAACAUAUCAUCAGCGGGAAUGUGUGAAGCACUGCUGAGUUCCCAGCCAACUAAUGUGCCACCAUUAGCAACAGUAAUCCUUGGCAUACUGAGCCUCGUCAUAUUAUCGUGUCAGCCCAUUAGGUGACAAUUACAGUGAAGGAGGAAACGAUUUAUCAAUUGCCAGUGCCUGAUGAUAUGGCGAAAAUGAAUGGAAGUAGUGAACGAUGGAUUCUCGCUUAAUCAAGCCAUGUGUGAAGGUUCAUUCUACCGUUCGAAGGCCAGUCGCGAACAAAAGAAAAAAAAAUCUCGAAUGUGCUGAGAAAGUAGACGUCCAUUCAAGAAUAGAUCUUUGAGAGAUUAGUGUUUUGGGGUAGACAUAUAUUUUUCGACGGCAUAAGCAAUAUGAUGGAAUGCAUGAAUCACUGUGCACACCUAAUCACUCAUGCAUAAAUAAAAAAAAGCAUUUUAUGGCUGUAUCAAGAAAUCUUACAUCACAAAAAGUUUUUUUUUAUAUUUGGAUUGAACAAUUUAACUUUUAAUUAUCUCUUUAAAUACAUUUCUUUACUUUAGUAAAAGAAAUCAGAAGAAGAUUGGUAUACGUGGUGUAUCUGUUAAACAGUUCUAAUAAAUUCUUAUUUGUUUGCGAUUUAAAUUAAAAUAUUAAUAAAAAAUAUAACAAAUGAGUUGAAAAUGUAAAUAAAUACAAAGUAUCAGAACUAACUAAAAGAAUGAACAAAACCAAGAAAUAAAAGUAAAUCAUAUAAUAUGAUAUUAUUUUCCUUAAUUUUCUGUUGAGUUUCAUAUAUUUUUUUUCAAAUUUUUCAGCGGUUCAUUUACAUAUGUAUGGUUAUCAGUGAUCACAAUAAUUAAUUAUUGUGACAUUUACAAUUUAUUGCAAGCCAAACACACACACAAAAAAAAAAGCAAAUAAAAGAAAAUUAACUUACAUUACCCAUUUUUUUAAACACAAAUUAUCUUUCAUUGAAGUGGGAAAAAACACAGCACUGGGCUGCAAAUUUUUUUUCACAAUGUUUACCGGUCUGGGAGUCAAAAAGAACUGAGAAACGAUGAUCAAAAUGAGAAAGUCGGGACAUUAUGCAUUUAUUUAUUUAUUUAUUUCUACGUUACGCUAAGUAAAAGGAAGAAAAAUAUUCCUGUAAUCAAAAUGAUAUUCUACCUUCUAUACUUUUAAAUUAAUUACAGUUAAAUAAGUUAUAUAAUUUUUCAGAAAUUGAAUUGCUUGUUACAAACACAAAUGUUAAAACUACUGAGCUUCAUUUACUGUCAAAGCUGCGAGUAUAUAAAAUAAAUUACGAUAUGUGUAUAAAAAGCAGAAAAUUAAUGUUAAAAAACUUAUUUAAAAAAAUCUGAAAUGCUUUAUCAAGUGUAGGUUUCUCUUUUUGGAAAUAAAAUACAAAUUGGAAAAAAAAAUUAAAGACUUUAUUUUCCUUUGUGCAUUGUAGCCUUGUUAUUACUACAUUUGUUUGCUACACAAAUUUAAAAAUUUUGAACUAAAAUAGAAAAUUACAAAACAUGUAUGAAAUUUACUUAAAUUCCAAACUAUAAUGUUGAAAGUUUUACUACAUUUUGCUACUUUCAAAUGUCGAGAGAUAAGUAAGUACUAGUGAAUUCAGCAAAAUUUUCUAGGAAAGAAUAAGAAAAAAAAAGUAGUUGUGAAAAUAUAUAAAGAACUGGCCUUCAUAAAACAAAAUUGGUAAAUCAAGUACAAAUUAUACAAUCUUCACGAAAUGAUGGCAUCUAACUGUGAUUCCUGUUCAUUUAAAAAGAAACUUAUAGUAGAUAUAUUUGUCAUUGAUGUUCUCAAAGGCAAAGUGCAUAUGUUUUUGACAACAAUAAUUAAACAUAGAAGAUUUUAAUAACAAAAGUACUGUUAUUCUUGUCGUAGACUAAAAUAAUGCCAUAUACAUUUCUAAUUUGAAACCAUGUACUUUAUGUAAAUACAUAAGCAUUAUACAUAUAUAUUUUGUGAAUUCGAUCACUUGAUGAAAAUUAAUAGAUUUUACAACAUGUAUAAUUACCUUAAACAAAAGAAAUAAAUUAUUGA